AUGUACGGCGCCUCGCAGGUCCUCGCGCUCAGCGUGUCCGUCGUACUCUGUGCACUCGCCGUGCUCUACUCCGACUUCUUCUCAACACUCGUGCUGCCCACGCGUCCGUCGUCGCAUCUCAGCGUAGCUGAGCAGCACCAGCUCUUGGCCUCACUCGUUUUCUACUCGUCGAAAUCCCCCUCCUAUUGGACCAAUCCACAGCCACGAACUCCCCAACCCCUAACCACAACAAUCUCCACCCCGCCUCCCCGUAUCGCCUUUUGCUGCAGCGCUGACCUCGACGUCUCCGUUCCAGCUGUCGCCCUCAUGCACCAAGUCGAACUCCAGCAACACCAGCAGCAGCAUAAGACACAGCACGCGACCACGUCUCUGGCCUUACCGGUGCGCCAUCACGAGCGCAUCGACUCGCUCCAGGAGCUCCAAGAGAGUUUCGUCUUCUACUUUUCCUCAGGAGCUGCUGCUGAGCAGAGUGUGAACUCGUCCGCUGCGUUCCACGAGAUUGUGGCACUAGCUAAUGCCCUGCCAGACGUCCAGCGGAAAGUGGGCGGCAAUGCCGCGACUAUGGCUGCUCGAGCCUCGGCUGAAGGGUGCACUGUGCUCUUGGGCGCGGCUAUGGGCGUCCAAAUGAAGCAGCACUUUGAUGACCCGACGAUCCAACUUGUAGGGACCAUUGAGGGAGAGGGGAAAGAGGACGUGCACUUGGUGCUCGAGUACGGACGUGGUGACGCCUUUCGAGGCCAUGUGUCACCACGGGCGAAUCGCUAUUAUUUAAACCAUGACGUGCACAAUGCGCGGCUGUCGGUGCUUGAAGAGUUCGAGCGAGCGCUCGAGACGUUCGAGCCGGACUUGGUCGUCUUUGGCGGCUUGCAGCUCAUGGAAGUUGAGCAAGAUGUACGUGCACGGGUCCUGCGUCUUGAAGCACUGGCCGGGGUGUUGCAGAAUUUGUAUGCAGUUGACACACCCACGCAUUAUGAGUUUGCUGCGGUGUCGGACUUUGGGCUGUUUUCCGACACGGUGCGCUUGGUGCUGCCAUGGGUGGAUUCUAUCGGUCUGAAUGAGCAGGAGCUGUUUAUUCUGCACCACUUUUUAGUGACGGGGAAAGAAAGCACUGCGACAACGUCUCGACCGACGAUUGCUGAGAUUAGUGCACAGUUGCAUGGCAUUAUUCAGUUUGCAAAGGAUGCGAGAGAGACGGUUGAGGCAAGCAGACGGGGGAAGGAGGACGAUGGAAAGCACGAGGUGACGGUGGCGUUAGCGCAUUUGUCGCGGAUUCAUUUCCAUACGCUCCAGUUUCAUGUUGUAUGCCAGAGGAAGAAGGGUAUCUGGGAAGACCCGACUUCAGCAUUGGUGCAGAGCGCACUGAUUAGUUCCAAGGUGGCGUGUGGCAAGCCGCCGGUCCCAAGAAGUGGCAGUGCUUCUGAUGACGAGAACGAGGCCCAGUCGAUGCGUACUAGCGCUGAAAUGGAAGUGGACCCGGAACGGGUCGAGAUGCUGCUGGCUCGUGAGCAGCUAUUGAGCGAACGUCAGGAUCUCAAGGUCGACCUGGAUCCAUUGUCGCCGGUCAUUACGUGGCAAGAAGCUGACUUUCAAUGCCACCUGGUGCCAAUGCUAGCUUGUAAAAAGCCUGACUACACUGCUGGACUGGGCGACAAUAUCUCUGGUACGGGCAUCGCCUACCACCGCCUUCAAAAGACAAAGACCAAGGCUGGUGUCUUUGCUGAAUAG